UCUACCUGACAGCUCGUCGAAAGACAUGCACAGAACCGAGUCCGGGCUUCUCACCGGCAGAGAUUAAGGGGCGCCCAGAUCUAAGCGGUAUCGGGAGUCCGGACCGUUGUCUUGAGCAUCCCUGCCACACACAGCGGCAUGGAGCGCUCCUGAUCCCGGCAGGAAGCCUGGAAGAGCUCAGCCAUUCUUCCCCUCGUCACAUCUCGGAUCGGUUUGGAUAUCUGAAGGGGCCUGACCAUGUCUGCGAGAGAGAAGGGGAUCCUGACCAAAGACAGUGUCAGCCUGCUGCCCUGUUUCUAUUUCGUGGAGCUGCCGAUCCUGGUGUCGUCUGUGGUCAGUCUGUACUUCCUGGAGUGGACGGAUGUGUUCAAGCCAGUGAAGUCCGGCUUCACGUGCCAUGACCGCAGCCUGAGCCUGCCCUACAUUGACCCCAACCACGAGGUCAUCCCCCUGCUGAUGCUGCUCAGCCUGGCCUUUGCCGGACCUGCCAUCACGAUAAUGAUCGGGGAGGCCAUCCUGUUCUGCUGCCUGUCUCGAAGGAAGAGUGGCGCUGGGGCCGAGGCCAACAUCAACGCCGCAGGCUGCAAUUUCAACUCCUUCAUACGCAGAGCCGUCCGCUUCGUUGGCGUUCAUGCGUUUGGUCUUUGUGCCACGGCCCUCAUCACCGACAUCCUCCAACUGAUGACAGGCUACCCAACACCCUACUUCCUCACUGUGUGUAAACCCAAUUACACCACGCUGAACGUCAGCUGUGAGCAGAACCCCUAUGUCAUGGAGGAUAUCUGUUCAGGGGCUGACCCCACAGCCAUCAACCAGGGCAGAAAAUCCUUCCCAUCGCAGCACGCUACCCUCGCAUCCUUCGCUGCUGUCUAUGUUUCGAUGUACUUCAACAGCACUCUGACGGACUCAUCCAAGCUACUCAAGCCCCUGCUGGUCUUCUCCUUCAUUAUCUGUGCCAUCAUCUGCGGUCUGACCAGGAUUAUUCAGUACAAGAACCACGCCAUUGAUGUCUACCUGGGCUUCCUGCUUGGAGGAGCUAUUGCUGUCUACCUGGGGUUGUAUGCGGUCGGAAAUUUCCAGCCUAGUGAGGAGACUGGCACCAGUUCCCCUCCACUGCUCCACCGCCCCCCCUGCUCUUUGCCCCACAUAAGCCAAGAGGCCGUCCUCCACCACCUGCAAAUGAAAGCCAGCAUGGCUGGGGAGGCGGGCAUACCCACCUCCCACUCUGAGGGCCUCCUCCACCGAGGUCUUCAGCAGCAGAGGCCUGAUGACAGCAUGAAGCGCUCCAGUGCAGAUGUGGAAGUCAUCUCCCCCCACAGCUCCCAGAGCAAAGAUGCCAUGGUCACCUUCAGCCACACCCUUCCUCGAGUGCACACCCCCCAGGCCAUGGCGGCGUAUGAGGAAGCAGCCAGACGUCACGCCGCCACCCUUCAUCACGCCUCCAUGGACUCUAGCCGCUCAAAGCAGCUUCUGUCUCAAUGGAAGAGUAAGAAUAACAACCACAAAUGCUCCCUGCAGGUCCCAGACUCCUUCUCCUCCUCUGUAGAUUCGUCAUCUGGCCAAUCCUCCCAGCAUCCGCACCACCACGGCAGCAUGGAGCUCCGAUCCAGCUCUGAGCCAUCGGCUAUGGGUCUGAAUGGAGGCUUUGAUAGUCAUGCAUACAUGUCCAAACUGGCCACAGGUGCUAGCACCACCCUGCCUAGUAACUGUAGUGGCAUCACUGGAGGGGCCAGGAUAUCAAUGCAAUCCAGACCUGGGUCUUCACAGCUGGUUCACAUACCAGAGGAAGCUCAUGAAAAUUACAACACCACCUCCCCAAGGACGGGGGGAGGAGGAGGAAAUGAGGGAAUGUCAACAGUAAAUAGCACAGCUCAGGCAAAUUGGCAAAGGGCGGCAGAGAAGACAACAGCCUGUCGGACUAACGAUAAUGGGCAGAACACCCAGCCACGAAUCAUGCAAGUAAUUGCUAUGUCCAAGCAGCAGGGCCUGCUACAGACCCAUUCCAAGAGCUUAGAUGAGAGCAGCAUAGGCUGCAGCACCACGGGGAGUUGCCAAGGCUCUGCUCACUACAGGGUGCUAACUGAUCAAGAACCUACCAACACCACCGGGCCCAGCUCACUGGGCAGCACCACUGGCAGUAUUUCAGGAAGUACUGGAGCAAUUGUCAGAGUAGAGGCCCACCCUGAAAACAACAGGCCUGUGAUCCAAGCUCCAGCCACAGAUGGAAGCGGAUCAUGGAGGUGGCGGUCCCUGGAUCAUGGCACUGGACCUGGUGGAGCUGCAGGGUCUGGCGGAGCAGGGGGAGGAUCAGGUGGAGGAGGGAGUUUGAGGCAGUCCUUUGAGCUCAACGAUCUGAAUAGAGACUCAGAGAGCUCGGACUCGAUACGCGAAGGGUCCAUUGACAGGAAGCGCGCCAAUCACAUUGUUACCACCACUGCCACUGUUAGCACCCCGCCCAUAGUUACUGUUCACACCCAGAACACUGGCCAGUCAGAGCAGAGGCUCCACCCCCAGGGUCUCUCAACCAUAAGGGUCACCCCAGGGGAUGGUAGUGGUCCAGGAUCUGGAGGAGGUGGUGGUGGAGGAGGAGGCCUAGGUGGAGAGACCGCUUCAGAAACCCUCUCAGUCGCCUCCAGUCGGGAGUCCACGCUGCAGAGGAAGGGCAAUAAUAUCAUCCUGAUUCCAGAAAGAGCUAACAGCCCCGAUAAUGCCCGGAAUAUUUUCUACAAGGGAACGUCGCUAACUCCCGUUUUCAAGGACUAGCGCAUAAAAUGACUUAAGACUUCUGAGAAGAUGUAGCUAAUAAUGCAACACAGCUGAAUUUUCAGAGAACCCCAUAUCUGUGACAACAGUCAGUACUACAUGCCAUUGUAUAUAUCAUUAUAUCCUCAAAAGAAAAUGUUUUAUUCAGCAUGAGAUUUUUGUACAUGUUUACACUAAAGCACAACCUUUUAAGUGUUGUAGAAAUAAUCACUGUGUACUUUUGUGGUCACUCCUAAGGAAACCUAUUGUAAUGUUGAUGCUGUGCCAGUGCUUUACGGGCAAGAGAACCUUUUUUAAACAAUUCUGUAUGUUUUUGGUAUAAAUCAUCACAAAAAAAGAAGGAAAUGAGUAGCACAGUAACGUUCAAACUGUAGCAAACUACAGCAAAAUAAUUGUAUCAUAGCUGUGAAACCAGUGUUUACUUUCCCGCACUGUAAAUACUGUGUAUGUUUGAAAAGGGUGCUACACCAGAAAAUACUAUUUACUAUACAGCAUACUAUAUAAUUUGAGUAGAUAAAGAAUGAUUUAUUUUACAAAGAGUGAACAACUAUGACAUUAAUAUGUGACAGAGAUAUGUUUUGUAUUUUCUCUUUUCUGUACAGAUACCACAUACUCAAUACUGUUUUGAACCAUAAGUGUGCUUAGCAUUCCUUCUGUAGCUAUGAAGUCAAAUAUGCUGUGACUUGCACUGAAAUAUGCGUUUACUGUACCUUGUAUACUGUAAACCCUGACCUUAUCUUUAUAUCCUGUACUUACAUUUGGAUAUCCAUGUCAGUCUCAUAUCUACAGCACAAAAAAAGAAGCAAAACACUGGAAUAUGCUUAUCUAUACCAUAAGAUCAUUAGUACAUUUCAAAAACUCAAUGCAAUACUUGACCUAAAGCUUUCCAAUUGGAUUUGGCAGGUUUCAAUCUGCUUAUUAGCUUUCUUUGUAGCUUUCAAUGGAACACUUGGACAUUUUGCAAAAUACACUUGCUGCUGUUAAAUCUGCAGCCUAAUGCCAACAUUAGCAGAGUCACAAAGUGGGGUUGUUCUUUCAGGGGUCUCCAGGAAUAAAAAACAAUAUUCCUACUUUUUUUUUUUUCACAAAGGCAUGGUUAGUUAACUGGAGGUUGGAGCACUACCAAGGCUGGAUUGGCAUGGAAGUAUCCAAGUUAAAUCACACAAGAUGGACAACUAUGUUAAAAAGUAUCUAUUCUCAGAUAGAAAAAAAAAAGAGUAAAAUUUACAAGCCUAUGUAUGAAUGUAUGAAUUCCAAGCUGCAUUUUGCUAAGAAGAAUCCUGUCACUGAGCUUAAGAUUCAGUUCGCUAACAAGUAAAAAAAACUCAUACAGUCUGCAGCAUAAAUUAAUAAAUUCCUGAACAAUUUGGUAACUGAUAGAGUGUUUUGAAUUUGCUGAAGCUAUGCUUCAUGGCUCUGACUGGCUUCUCCCCGAAAGCAAUAGCAUCCAAGGGUCAUUGCCAUCUCUUAUACCAUAUAACAGUUUAAAAUAUUUAAAUUGAUGGCCAUAAGAGACACAGCAUUAUCGCGGUAUUCAGGAACCUCCCAUCUAUGUUUAGAAACACUGAGGAGAUCAUAAAAGGAACAUAUAGAAACAGCAAUUUACAGUGGGGGAAAAAACCACUUUGGCUAAUCUCCAUUCAUAUUUGAUAAACCUGAUAUACAGGUUGUGUUUUUUUGCCUUGUUGCUUUGAUGCUACUGGUUUGCUCCUUCCUUCCGCUUGGCUAAACAUAUCCAGGAAUCUUUAUACUCCAUGCACAGAGGUGAGACUGAGAUUGAUCUUCUCCUCUGACUCUGGUUCAAAGUGUUUCUUUAAUCACCUCUGUCUUAGGAACAUUUGAGCUACUUUUACAUUUUAGUUCUUUGGAAGCAGAAUGCUCUGUAAUGCAAUGUGCUCAUCAUUGUAGCAAAAUUCAAACUUGUUUUGUUGUAGCCCACAUUUGCAGGUGCUACAUGUAGCAUUUCUCAACAGGAACAGUUGCUGUCAAACUGUAAUACCUCAGUAGAAUAAUCAUCAUCAAAUGAAAACCUAUUGGCAUUUUCAGCUUUGCUGAACAGAAUAAGCAUGUAACAGGUGAUUUUUUUGCUGGGUUUAGCACUUCUUCCACCUUCUGCCGUAUGCACUGGAAGAACAGCACCUAAUCCCAGUUCUGUGCUGUAAAGUAAUUUCUUUUGUGCCAUAAAGUAACCAGCAUAUUUUCUACCAUAUCUAACCCAAUGUAUCAAAUGCUAUGUAGAGGCCAGUAGAGGCUGUUCAUUUUGUUCAGAAACCAUCUGGUUUGUUUAUGGUGAUAGUAACUAUCUUAAAUGACUAUGUUUUGUUUUACUUUGCUUUGUUUUUCUCUUACAUUAAUAUACAAUACAUACAGGAUAGUGACUGACAGAGAAAGCUGAUGGUGGACUGUUUCUCAGUUGAGGAAUGGCAAAAUCUGUUGUUUACAUUGGUUUACAUUAUAGCGCAUAUCAUUAAUUUGUAUCUCAGUGGUUAAAUAAGCAUCCACUGGAUACAAAGUAAAUUUGAUACAAACACUCCAGCAUUGGCACCUAUGAAAAUAUUUUGCCAGAGUCACUAUGUGAGAAAAUUUGCCAAAGCUACAAUUUUUUCAUAGAAGAAAAAUAUAAAUCAUCAGAUGGAAUUUUCAGUAUUUGUAUAGCAAGCCUGCUUUAUAUUGUACAUGAUUUAUUAACAUUUGCAUGGUCACUUUUCUAUAGUGCAUAUCACAAGAUUUUUAUCAUAAAUGUUCUUUUAUUUUGAAUUUACAGAAGUGUUAAACAGUAUGUACUUUAUUUAUGUGUUUCAUAGUGAGAGUUAUAUGACAAUCUUUUUUAAGUAAUUGUUGCCCCUUCAGGCCAUAACUACAGGCUGGUUUUCUUUUUUAUUUUUUUCUUUGUUGCUUAAAUGGUAAGUAAUCCAGGUAGACUUAUUAUUUUAAAUACAGUCUUAUUUCAAUGUUAGGCUUUGACUAAUUCAGUCCUUCAAGCAUUUAAGUGGCCAGAUUGUGUUUUAAGCUGCAUCUCAGAAUAGUUUCUUGUGCCCACUAUCAUCACGGUAAUUACUAGCACUAGUUUUGAUUGCUCUCAAAAAGUCUGAACAAUUUGUGGAGCACAGUCCAAUGAAGGUUUAAUUUUAGCAUGAGUUAACUUGGAUUGUGUCAUUUGUUGACAUAUUAGCCAGCUCGGCUAUAUUCUUCACUGUUGUGCUGAGAUGCAUUUUAUAGAGAUGACUUGCCUAUCAAAUAACCACUUACAGUUAGAUGUGAAAUAUGAAAUACCGCAAAAUAUUAAUUUACUUGCAAAGCACUAUAAGGUCACAAUCUGAUGCAUAGGUACACCACUGUUACAAAAAUCUUACAGUUUAUUUAGGAUUAACACCUUCUCCCAAAUAAGCUUAUCCAUUACAAUGCUACAAGGUAAACAAAAUUCAGUAUUAUAUCUUAAAGGCUAACUUUGACUAUAUUUUCUUACUGUAAACAAAUCCCAUGAAAAGACCAAAACCAACAACACAUUAGUCUAGACUCUCAGCCCACUGAUUCCUACAGAAUACAUGACAAUGAAGGAACAUGUUCAAGACAAAUUACAGAAAUAAGUAUACACAAGUACAGGAAAUCAUUUUCUAUUUCAAUAUAUAGGUAAGUUCAGUGCUAAAGAUUUAUUAUGAUGUGCAGUACAAACCAUACAGUACUUAAUCAUGAGAAUACAAUUUCAUACCAGCCUCUUCACAGUAGACAUAUCAAAGAAGUCUCCCAUUUUUACCCCAUAGAGAGACAAUACAUGAUACAUGUGAAACCAGCCUGUAUGACAUCACCUAAUCAUUAUAACAAAACUGAACCUACAUGAUGUGACGGUGCAAGUUAAAUUCUUUAGAUUAAAGCCUUAACAUUGUCCAUACUCCCUUUAGGAUGAUGUAUAAAACGAGCAGAACUCCUCACGUCCCACCUCCCAACACCUCACCCAGAGUAACAUAUCUAAUAUAUAUAUUGGAUAAGGAAAAAAAAAAAUGACAUGAAUAUUUCUAUGGAAUUGUUUUAAAGAAUUUGUCUGAUUUAGAGUCUGUCCCAAAGGCCUGUGAAAUCAAAGAGUGUAAUGUGACACAUGGGUAGAAAUGUAGAUCCAAUGGGUAAAACUGUGAAUGGAUGCUCUCUGCAUGUGUAGCCUCUUGUGUUGUCCCUGGAUGAAUAAUAAAUGUUUUCUGAUACUGUGAUCAGCUGUAUGAAUUCUAUGCAGCAAGAAAAAAUAAACAAAAUGAAUUUAUCAUCAGUCGAGAUUAAAAUGAAAAAAAAAAAAGUUCAAAAGUUGCUUCUUUGUGUAACGGUCAAAUAUAUCAAAGCUUUGAUUGCUAAAAGACAGCUGAGCCUAGCAAUCACAGAGUAUUCAGAGCACGUUCAUCAGGGUAGAUGACAAAUUGUGCAUUGUCUAAAUGAUUGGAAUAAAUGUUUGCUAUUGAAACCAA